AUGACUGCCGUCCAAUUUGCUAACCACGAUAUUCACUUUGCCAACGGCAUUGAUGAAGUUGACGCUGACGGAGUGUUGGUCAUCAACAAGCUCAACAGAGACCAAGCCAAACACCCAGACUACCUUCCCACCUGGGACCCAUCUCAAAAGUACCCACCCUUGAAAUUUUUCAAGCACACUGACCCAGGAACCAGAGCAGACCCUUCUUUGCCAAACCUUUUCCCUAAGGGGCUUGAAAAGAACGACAGCUACACUGUGAAGAGAGUCACCCCCAAAUUCGGGUCUCAAAUCGAGGGUGUGCAAUUGUCAUCUCUUGACGACAAGGGCAAGGACGAACUUGCCUUGUUUGUUGCUCAAAGAGGUGUUGUGAUCUUCAGAGACCAGGACUUCACUGACCAAGGCCCUGAAUUCAUCAAGAAGUACGGUGAGCAUUUCGGUCGUCUUCACAUCCACCCAACUUCCGGUGCUCCAAGAGGCUACCCUGAGCUCCACAUCACCUACAGAAGAGCCGACGAAGGUGAGUUCGAAAGAAGAUUCUCGGAAAGAACCAACAAUGUGGGAUGGCACUCCGACGUCUCCUACGAGCUCCAAGGCCCAGGAACCACCUUUUUCUCUGUCCUUGACGGCCCAGACUCUGGUGGUGACACUCUCUUUGCUGACACCACUGAAGCGUACAAGAGAUUGUCCCCAGCUUUACAACAGAGAUUGGCAGGUCUUCAUGUCUUGCACACUUCAGCUGACCAGGCCUCCAAUUCCAGAAGAGAAGGUGGAAUUGAAAGAAGAAAGCCAGUCUCCAAUAUCCACCCAUUGAUCAGAGUUCACCCAGCAACUGGCGAGAAGAGUAUCUACUUGAACAGACCAUUCUCAAGAAGAAUCGUUGAAUUGAAGGAAGAAGAAUCUGCUUAUUUGCUUAACUUCUUGUACACUCACAUCGAGCAAUCACAAGAUUUGCAAUUGAGAGCCAACUGGGAACCAAAGUCAGUGGUUAUCUGGGAUAACAGACGUUCGGUUCACACUGCUAUUGUUGACUGGGACACCCCUGUUUCUAGACACGCAGUCAGAAUUACUCCACAGGCCGAAAGACCAGUCGAAAACUUGGAGGACUUGAACAAGGAAGAAUACGACGUCGGAGACGUUGCUGACGCAUUGAAGCGUGCAUUAUUUAACUAA